AUGGAUUUCCUCGAGCACGACCUCAAGACGCUGCAAGAAGACAUGCUCGAUGCUUUCUCGCCCUCGGAGAUCAAGACAUUACUUCUACAACUCACUUCGGCCGUUGACUACCUGCACAGCAAUUGGAUCUUACAUCGGGACUUGAAGACCUCGAAUCUACUCAUGAACAACAGAGGUCAGCUGAAGGUCGCAGACUUUGGCAUGGCAAGAUACUAUGGUGAUCCACCACCGAAGCUCACGCAGCUCGUAGUGACAUUGUGGUACCGCGCUCCAGAGCUACUGUUAGGCGCAGAGAAGUAUGGAGCAGAGAUCGAUUUAUGGAGCGUUGGUUGCAUAUUCGGCGAGCUUUUGACAAAGGAUCCCUUGCUGCAAGGGAAGAACGAAGUUGAUCAGCUUUCAAAGAUUUUCGAACUCUGUGGCAUUCCGACCGAAGCCACCUGGCCUGGCUUCAAACGUCUGCCCAACGCCCGCUCACUCCGGCUUCCAAGUAUCUCCCAAACGACUGGGAACGUUCUCCGAGCCAAGUUCCCCCUCCUGACUACUGCCGGGUCUGCUCUGCUCACGUCCCUCCUCAGCCUAAACCCUGCACAACGACCCACGGCAAGCGAAGUUCUCGCUCAUCCUUAUUUUAGAGAAGAUCCAAAGCCCAAAAGCACAGCGAUGUUUCCCACAUUUCCCUCAAAGGCGGGCCAAGAAAAGAGGAGGAGACUAGCGAGUCCAAAUGCGCCGAAGAGAGGGGAUGCGCCGAGGAUCGCGGGAGAAGCGGCGGAUUUCAGUGGCAUUUUUGCGAAUAGAGACACCGAAGAGGUUGGGGGUGGAUUCGCGUUGAAGCUGAUAUAG